AUUUUUAUUAUCAAUUUGAUGUUCAUUUCUUUCAAAUUUCAAUUCCCCAGCUCAAAAUGUAACUCAAAAUAUCCUCUUUUGCUGUAAUUCACUCACUCACUAACCCUUUUGACAUUCUCAAGAAAUUCAGCAAUUUCUUGAUUUUCCUCUCAUUUAACGGAAGGGGAAAGAUGAAUAAGGAUGUUGAUGAGGAUGGGAGGUGCAGGAGAAGAGGCACACCGAAAUGGAGGUGUGGUGAAAGAGCUUUGAAGGGCGAGCGCUAUUGUGAGAAGCACUUUGCGUAUAUUGAGCAGUGGAAGGAGAAAAUGAGGUUGAGGAAGAGGAGGAGUGAAAAUGGGAGUGGAAGUGAAGUGGGUUUGGAGGGAAAGAAGCAAAAGAAGGAGGAGGAGGAUGGGACUGAAGAAGAGAGUGCUGUGAAAAAUGAUGGUGAUUUGAGUGUGGGAAAUGAGUGUUUGGGUUUUGGUGGUGAUGAAAUUCAAGGGUUGUUUGGGGAUGAAGCUGAUAGUGCUCUGUGUUGGUUUGGGGAAGAAGGGAAUGGUGGCCAAAGUUUGGAGCUUUUUGCUGGUGAUGAGGUAAAUCAGGGGAAUGGAGUGUGUUUGGGUGAAGCUUCAUGUAGAUUUGCUGGUGGUGGCGAGGUUCUUGGUGGGAAUGGUGAAGAAAUUGGUGCAAGUAAUAAUGAUGACCAACUUGAUAUCAAGGGCUUUGAGUCAUGUGAGGAUGAAGCUGAAAUUGGUGGUGGGGGUUUUGAUUGUAAGAUGAUUGAGGGCUUGUUUGAUGAAGUGAGUGGUGGUAUUGAGGGUUUUGGGUCUGGUGAUAAAGAAAUUGAGAGUCUUUUUACUGAAGUGAAUGGUGGUGAUGAUGGAAAUCUGGGUAUGAAUUUGUUUAAUGAAGGGUUUGGUUUUGGAAGUCAGUGUUGGUGUGGGAAACCUGCAUGUGUUAGUCUUGAUGGUGUUGGAAUUCAGGGCCUGUUUGGUGAAUUAUCAUUUGGAAAUGGAGGUGAAACUCCUUGCAUAGAAGAAACUCAAGAUGGGUGUCAACCUGUAAAUGGAGUUGCAAAUGGUGCUGAGAAUGAAAUGCUAAAGAUAAAGCAAAAGCGUGGUCGGCCUAAGGGUUCUAAAAACAAGACUAAAGUUCCUGCUGCUCAAGAAUGUAUUGAAGGGGUGAGUAAAGCUGAUGGUGAUCCUAAGAGUGAUGAGCUCGUGAGCCCGAAGAAGAAACUUGGUCGGCCAAUUGGCUCAAAGAAUAAGAUAAAAAAAAUUCUUGAAGGUCAAAAUCAAGAAAUGCCUGAUCAAAUUUUGAGUGGUAAUAAUGGUGGUGAUAAAAUUGAUAUGACACCAAAGAAUGAGGGGAACAAUGUUGGAGUUGUAGAAGUUAAGGUUAUGACAGGUGAAGUCACUGUUGUUAAUGAAGGUAGUCAUGUGAUUGUCCAGACAAUGCCUACGGCUCCGCGUGGCCGGCCAAGGGGUUCCAAGAAUAAGAAAAUGAUAUUUUCAGGUGAAGAUCUGGGAAUGCUUAGUGAAAUCAUCGGCAGUAAUGGUGGUGAAGAAGAUAGGGGAAAGCAUUAUGAAGCAGAGGGUUCCAAGAAUCAGAAGCAAGAUCUUGUUGAUAGUAAUCUAGAAAUGCCUGCUGAGGAUAAGAAGAAAAUUAUUGGUGUUGAAGAAAUUAUUGAGCAGCCUUCCAGAGGGGAUGAGAUUGUGCAGUCAAAGAAUAAGAGAGGAAGGCCGAAGGGCUCAAAAACCAAGAAAAAAAGCUCCACAGGUGAAGAAAGUCACAGAGUGAAUGAUUGUAGGGAUGAGAGGCAAAAUGGUAAGCGAGGCCGACCAAAGGGUGCUAAGAAUAAGAGAACACUUCUUUUUGGCGAAGCUUUGAAUAAGAUUUUAGUGCAGAAUAAUCAAAAGCAGAUGCCUCUUGUUAAGAUAGAAGACAAAAAAGAAAAAGAUUUGAAAAUGGAGACGGAUGUUCUGAUUGGAGAUGGAGCGGAUGUCAACCAUUUGGAAACAAAAUCAUUGAUGUUAACUAAUGAUUCUGGCAAUGCUCAAAAGCGGCCCAGAGGAAGGCCAAGGAAGGUCUGCAACCAAUCAGAAAACUCGGAAUCAAUAGCUGCUGGGAGCUGCAACAUGGAGCUGAGAAGUUUGAUGUGCCACCAAUGUUUGAGGAGUGAUAGAAAUGGUGUUGUCAUUUGUUCCAGUUGCAAAAGGAAACGCUAUUGCUAUCAGUGUGUUGCAAAAUGGUACCCUGAGAAAACAAGAGAGGACAUAGAGCUUGCAUGUCCGUUUUGCCGGGGAAAUUGCAAUUGCAGAGUGUGCCUUAAGGAAGAUUUGGCAGUGGUGGCUGAAUGCAAAGAAGCCGAUACAAAUGUCGAAUUGGAAAGGUUGCUAUACUUGUUAAAUAAAACUCUGCCUCUCCUGAGGCACAUCCAACAGGAGCAGAGCAUUGAAUUGGGAAUAGAAGCCAAAAUUCGUGGCAUGCGAUUGACAGAGGACGACAUAAUGAGAUCGAUUCUGGACGAUGAUGACAGGGUAUAUUGUGACAAUUGCAGCACGUCUAUUGUUAAUUUCCACAGAAGCUGCCCCAAUCCUGAUUGUUCUUAUGAUCUCUGCCUCACUUGCUGUGGAGAAAUAAGGAAAGGUUUUCAACAGGGACAUAUUGAAGAAGAACUUUCUGAAAAGCAGUUAGCCGAAAAAGCAAAUGGUCAGGUUACAGAUUUUGACAGCCAGAUUUCUGCAGACAAGAUAGCUAAGACGUCAUGCAACUUUCCUGAUUGGAGAGCUGAGGCUGAUGGUAGAAUUCCUUGUCCUCCCAAAGCACAUGGAGGUUGUGGUACUCAGAUACUUGCACUAAGACACAUCUUUGAUGCUAAUUAUAUUGAAAAACUGAUUAAGACUGCGGAGGACCUGACUAUCAAUUAUAAGCCACUGGAUAUUGUUUCUCAAGGAUGUUCUUUGUGCAAUCAUGUAUAUUCUGCUGAAGAUGGAGUAAAAACUUUUGAAGUUAGGCAGGCAGCUUAUAGGGACAACAGUCAGGAUAAUUAUCUAUACUGCCCAAAUGGUACUCUAUUGGGAAACAAUGAAAUCGAGCAUUUUCAAAUGCAUUGGAUGAGAGGUGAACCUGUGAUAGUUACAAAUGUGCUUGAAAAGACUUCUGGUCUUAGUUGGGACCCAAUGGUCAUGUGGAGGGCUUUUCGAGGGGCAGAAAAGAUUUUAAAAGAGGAGGCUCAUAAGGUUAAAGCCGUUGAUUGUUUUGAUUGGUGUGAGGUUGAAAUCAAUAUUUUCCAGUUCUUUAAGGGCUACUUAGAAGGUCGAAGAUAUAGGAAUGGUUGGCCAGAAAUGUUGAAGUUGAAAGAUUGGCCUGCAUCAAAUUCAUUUGAAGAGUGUUUGCCAAGGCAUGGUGCUGAAUUUAUGGCUAUGCUUCCAUUUGCUGAUUAUACCCAUCCAAAAUCUGGUGUUCUGAAUCUUGCUACAAAGCUUCCUUCUGUUCUGAAGCCAGACUUGGGACCCAAAACAUACAUUGCUUAUGGGUCUUUAGAAGAACUUGGUAGGGGUGAUUCAGUGACAAAACUACAUUGUGAUAUUUCUGAUGCGGUCAAUAUACUGACUCACACAGCUGAAGUGAAAAUUCCCCAAUGGCAAAAGAAAAUCAUAAAAAAGAUACAGAAGAAAUACAAUGAUGAAGAUCUGUGCAAGCUUUAUGGUACGGUAAAAAAGGCAUCAGGUAAAGUUGGAAGGAAGCGGCCAAAAAAACAGAAGUCAAAUACAAAUUUGAAUGAACAAACUGGAUCUUGCAAAUGCAUACAUUUUCAGAAGAGAGAUUUCUCCUCAGAUGAGAAAUCUUCUCCUGCCUCGAAAGAGUCUUCUUGUUCCAUAUGCAAGAAUGUGGAUGGGAGAAAUCUCCUGUUGCAGGAUGAGACAAGUUCCAGUCACAGCCAUCUUCAUGAUCCCUAUGCUCAGAAUGAAAUGAUUGAAAGUGAUUCAGAUCAUCAAGAACAUGUUCAAUCUUCUGGAUUCAUGGUCACGAGUAAGCUUAUAAAGGGGAAAGAUGGCUCUGAGGUGACAUUCUCCGGCAACUGUGGAGAUCAAGGUACAAGGCCAGAUCAAGCUGAGAUGAAUGCAACUCCCAACUGUUUUGCUAAAAGCAUGGAUGCUGCUGGGGGUAAUCUAUCCUUGCCAAAUGGGGUUGAUGCUGGGCAGAGCUACCCUAGAGUUGAAGAAUUUCAUUCUGGUCUUGUAAUCAAUGGUAAUCAGGAAACAAUUAAGAGAAGUAUGUGUAAUCAAGACUGUCAUCCUUCUAAUAUGGCCGGGGAAACUGAACCUGCCAAUUGUAUAGAUUCUAUGGAGGCAACGUGUUUUGGCGAUGGAGUUAAUUGUUCAGGAUCAGUCGCUCCAGGUAUAAAUGCAAAUAGAGAUUCUGUCGAAGACAAUUACACUUCUGAGGUUGUAUAUGGUGGUGCUGUUUGGGACAUUUUUCGUAGGCAAGAUGUGCCCGAUCUAAUUAAGUACUUACAGAAGCAUCAGAAAGAAUUCCGUCACAUCGAUAAUCUUCCUGUGAAUUCUGUUAUUCACCCCAUCCAUGACCAGACCCUAUAUCUUAAUGAGAGACAUAAAAGACAGCUGAAGGAGGAGUUCAAUGUUGAACCUUGGACAUUUGAGCAACACCUUGGUGAAGCCGUUUUCAUUCCUGCAGGAUGCCCACAUCAAGUAAGAAAUAGACAGUCCUGCAUUAAAGUUGCCCUUGACUUUGUAUCUCCUGACAACGUUCAACAAUGCAUUCGGUUGACAGAAGAGUUCCGUCUGCUUCCUAAAGGUCAUAGAGCUAAGGAGGACAAACUAGAGGUGAAGAAGAUGACGCUUUAUGCUGUAAGUGCUGCUGUUACUGAAGCUGAAAGUCUGGCUUAUAAACUCGAGUAAGAUUGGUUCAAUCCCUGCCCUCAUUACUGUCUGUCAACAAUUUCAAUUCCCUUGUUAAAGAGUCAUGUGUUUGAAAGGUCGAUUUUAACAUAGGAAUCAAAUUUCUAGAUAAAGUGUAUUCCUUACAAUAGCAACAUCUGCACUUUUAUUUACUUUCUAAUUUUCAUUUUAAAGGCUCCCAGCGAUGUUUCAAAAGGUAACCUCUAGAAUUAGCUUAGAGGGUAUGCAUCUUAAUCGUCAUUAAGGUCAUUUAAUUUCCAUUACAAUUAUUAUUUUCAUGAUAUGGUGCCCAAGUUCUGGUAGCAUUGUUACAAUGAUCGGAGAAUCUUACUCAAGUUUUGGUCUUCUUUAUUACUGUCAUUAUUAUAGUUUACUCAAAUGGUAAGGUUGGAGUUUGUUACAUGGCAACAGUUCUCUUCAUACAUAGAACGCACCGAAUCGAUGUUUAAUUAUUCUUAGUCAUAUUGCAGUUCAUCAAAAGGAGACAAGCAAGCCUAGAAGCAGCCAUUUUAACAGAAGCUACUGGUGGUAAAUUUGUCGCCACCGUGAACAAUUACUGGUGAUCAGCAGUUUUGGGUUAAUUCAGUCCAGGUUAUUAUUCAACUGUAUCUCUUAACUAAUGAUUUUCUAGGACUCUGAUAGAGCUUCUGCUUCUUUGUACAGAGCAGUUUUUUUGUAAAUCAGAAGAGUCUAAAUAUGAGCUUGUUCUAUAGCAUUUUAUUUGUAUUAUUGACAGAAGGUAAUAUGCAAGCCCAAGCUCAUUAAUGAUUUUGAAAACCAUCUUAAUAACAUUUCCAUUUUUUAUUCC